ACGAGUUGCCUACGGCCCACCGCCCACGGGCCAAGCGAGCGGAAACAGAGCUUUGCAAGGCAUGGAGGCGGCGGCUGCGGCGGCCGCUGCGCCGGAAGAGAGGCGGGGGGAGGAGGAGGAGGCGGAGUGGGCGUGGAGCUGGGGCGCUGGCACGGACGGGCAGCUGGGGAACGGCGGCUUCGACGAUCACCAUCUCCCGCAGCCGCUGCUGCUCCCCACCCGAUGCCGCGGCCGUGUCUCCCUCGUCGCCGGCGGCGGCGCCCAUGCCAUCGCCCUCACAAGUGAUGGUGAAGUAUUUACUUGGGGUAGAGGUACACAUGGUCAACUGGGUCAUGGGAACUUGGACAGUAUCCCCCAUCCAAAGUUUGUUAAGUUCCUUGAAAAUCAUAAAGUUACCUGUGUGUCUGCUGGAUGGAACCAUUCUGGAUUUGCUACAGAUUCUGGAAAACUCUACAUGUGCGGAGAUGGCUCAUUUGGACAGCUUGGCACUGGCGAUAACCACUCUAGGAACUUGCCGUUUGAAGUGGCAUACUUUACCGCAAGGCAUAUUGAGAAACUUGCUCUAGGGAUGCGCCAUUCUCUUGUCCUAUUGAAAGAUAAUUCUGUGUAUGGAUUUGGCUCUGCAAGACGAGGCCAAGUUGGUAAAUGCGCUUCGAGGAACGAAAAAUCACAUAAUGUUCCUAGACUAAUCGAUGGCUUUUCAGACUUCAAGAUAGUAAAUAUAUAUGCCAAUGGAGAUCACAGUGCUGCAUUGGAUGAAUAUGGUCAUUUGUACAUCUGGGGAAGAGCAUUAAUUGGAGAACAUGACAAUGAUCAACCUUGUGUGGUUUUACCCUCUUUGAGUAUUUCUCAAGUGGCAUUAGGAUGGCAUCAUGCCUUAAUUUUAUCUGCAGGAGAAUUGUUCACCAUUGGUGUUUACCGACACCAGAAUUGUGAUCUCCCUGCGCCAAGGAAUGUAGUGGGGCAGCAAUCAAACACAAGUGGAGCAAGCAGUUCUCAUGAUGGCUCAUCUUCUCUGUCAGCUACGAAGAAGAUUCCCAGUAUUGAUGGAGAACAGGUGUUGCAAAUAGCUAGUGGGACCGAGCAUUCUGCCUUUGUAACAGAUAAAGGAACAGUCUUCACCUGGGGGUGGGGAGAGCAUGGACAACUGGGUUUGGGUGACACCUCUGACCAGGUGGUUCCUCAGCGAGUAAACAUAGCUGUUUCUUCUGGUCCACGUGGCGUUUAUUGUGGGAGUGGAUUUACCGUCGCGGUGGACUUAGAUUAGUGCCAGAUUAGUUUAUUUAUAAUGGUGAAAAUGAGCACGGAGGAGGAUUGGGCCAGAUGGACCCCUUUACCAACUGGGCUUUGUUUGAGCAAAUAUUUGGGUACCUUUCGUUUUGAGCUACACAUUUGACUUCAUACAUCUUUACAAAGUGGAACAUAAAUAAAAAAAAGAGUGAACCAUCAUUGCAUCGAA